CUUACUCUUGGAUACCGAAGCUUUCUUAAUUUUUUAAUUGGGUCUUUGUAAAUUCAUAGAUAUAUUUGGACGUUAAUAGUACUUGUUAAUUAUUAUGUUCUUUAUCUUUAUUGGUCAAAUUCUAAGAUUAUUGCAAAUUUCGAUCUCAGAUUUUGUUUGAAUAAUCCCUGCUUUUCAGAAAUUUUAGCUAAGAAGUUUUCUUCUUUUUGUUUGAAUAUUCUUGUAAUAAACCAAAUUGAAGGUUUCUUUUGGCUUCUUCUUUUUUUCUGAUUCAAAUAGCAAUCAAGCAAAUUUUUUAAUGGUGCUUGUCGGUGGAAUAUAACAAUGAAUAAGGAGCUAUCACAUUAACAUGUUGAGCUUUGAACCCUUCAGAUAGUUUGUUUGGGUUUAUGAAAAUCAUUCUUUUUCUCUUUGAGAAGAACACAUGAAAUGACGAAUUACCAAAAAAUUGGUGCAUACACCAAAAAAUUGAAGAAUUAUGUAGGUGAACAUCUUUGUGUACAUUCCGUUGUAUUUCAAUAAGUGUUGGGUGGAAAGUGUGUUUUUAUAAACUGUCCAAUCAUGUAUCAUCAAGUUGCAUAAUGUAAAAUAUGAUGCAUAGGUAGCAUGAUUGACAAUUGAAAACUUCAGCUUUCGGUUCAGUAAACAUAGUAUCCCUGUUAUUUCAAACUUUUUCAAAAUCAGUGCUAAUGCUAAUUAAGAACUUUUAUUUGUUUUGAACUUGUAUUUAUUAUUUAGUAAUAUUAAAUAAAAUGAAAUUCUAAAAGACAUAGAAAGGACAUUAUACUUGACUUCUAACUAAUUAAAAUAAUUAACUAGCCUAACAGACACGAGAGUUAAGAUAAUAUCUCUUGCGUCCUCGUAACACUUCGUGUCAUACAUUCAAAGUGCAUUUGUGAUCUUGGCCCAUUUUAAUCCAAGGAGUUGGAGAGGCCUUUAUCUGUAGCAGACUGCUUAGGCCCAUAAUAUUGGAAAAAACUUAAGAACGCGUUUUCCUCUUUCAUUGUGAGAAAUCUGUAUAAAAUAUUACCCAGAUUGUAUGAAAACUGAAUUUAAGUGAAGUUUUGAAUCAAAAAUUGAAGAAAAUUCAUGAUGUUUCAAAGGGGGAAGCGAUGGAUUGAAGACCCAAAUGAAGAAUAAGAAUCAAAAGAGGCUGAAAUAUUGAAAACUUCUUGCAAUGGAUUAUAGCAAUUGCUGUUUCUUGUCCAACAUGGAUUUCCCAAUUGUUUUUCUCCUCCUGGUUGUUGGUAUCAUCACCUUAAUUAUAGUUCGCGUUAUUUAUGUUUUAUACCACAGCCGCAAACCACUUUAUACUCGAUCACCAGGACCCCUCAGUACAUUAAUUGUUCUGGGAUCAGGUGGGCAUACGGCAGAGAUGCUAAAUUUGUUAGCAGUGUUGCAGAAAGAAAGGUUUAAGCCAAGAUAUUAUGUUGCUGCAGCAACUGAUAAUAUGAGUCUUCAAAAGGCCCGUGUUCUCGAGGAUUCCUUGGUGGAUGAGGGAGUCAAAUCUGCAUUUGAAGGUGUCGACGAGGUAGGACCUGCUCAUUUCGUGCAAAUAUAUAGGAGCAGAGAGGUUGGUCAAUCGUACAUAACUUCUAUCGGAACAACAUUGAUUGCAAUAGUGCAUGCAUUGUGGCUAAUGGUUAAGAUGCGGCCCCAAGUGAUUUUGUGCAACGGCCCUGGAACUUGUAUACCCCUAUGUGCAAUUGCAUUUCUUUUCAAGGUUCUCGGGAUUAGAUGGUCAUUCAUCUUCUAUGUUGAAAGCAUAGCUAGAGUGAGGAAGCUAUCUUUGAGUGGCUUGCUUCUUUACAAACUACACAUGGCUGAUCAGUUAUUUGUGCAAUGGCCACAGCUAAAAAUGAAGUACCCUCGAGCUAAUUAUGUGGGCUGUCUUAUGUAGCAGAUUCACUUUAUGCACCUGCUGUUACGUGAGUCAAGCUAGCUUCUGUUCUUCUGUAUCUUAGCUUAAUGUUUUGCUCCAUAGAAGGAAUUAAUUAUUAUUCAUAAGUUAUCAACACAUCCAAUAGUUAAAUAUAAUUUUUUGAGACAUUAGUUUCAUUUCGGACAAGUUAGUUAUUUAACUGAGACAAAAUUAUAACAGUUACUAUAUCUAGACAUUGAUUAGUGAAACCUUUUCAUUGCUGAUUUUGCAUGAAGAACUGAAUUUUCACGAAUUAGAAUGGAUGGAGUUCAGAAUGGUGCA